GAUAUGCGUGUCCUUCUUCAGGGUUGACGACAACAACACUUUCUCCAGGCUGCAAAAGGCAGCCCCGAGUCCGACGGGGGUCGCCGAACGGCUCGCCCGCGCGCAGCAGAGCAAAAACAAGAAACUUACGUAGUAUGUUAUGCUAAGCUGAAUGCGACCAUUGUGUGUAGAAAAACCGGCCAUGACAAACCGGCCGUAAGCGUAAGCCACUCAACGCAACCAGUUUACCUUUACUUCUUGACCCCGCGAUCCACGAUCGCACCGUUUCUUGCUGACAAGAUGGCCCAUCUGUCCAUAUAACGCUUGCGCUCGCAUAAGGCUUUUAUCACAGUGUACUCGCUCGUCGCUGCCCACUGUGACACGAAGCGGCGUUUGCCCUUGUCUUGUUUGCCAAGCUCUAUCUCAUACCAAGGCAUAACAAUGUCGCCUGUCGCCGAGCCCUUCGCUAUGGACGUCGAGAGCCAGUCCUCCGAUGGCGCCAAGACCAAGGCCCAGCUCGUGGCUAUGGCCCCGAUUAAGGACGAGUGGGUGCGCGGCGACCCUGGUCCGUUCGGCCUGCUCUGCUUCGGGAUGACCACUUGCAUGCUGAUGUUCAUCACCACCGAGUGGACCACCAAGGGCUUCCUGCCCACGGUCUUCUGCUACGCGAUGUUCUACGGUGGCCUGGGCCAGUUCGUCGCCGGCGUUCUCGAGCUGAUCAAGGGCAACACCUUUGGCGGCACUGCCUUUGCCUCCUACGGCGCCUUCUGGAUGGGCUGGUUCCUGCUCGAGUACCUGACCUGGACCAACAAGGCCCUGUACGCCGGCGUCCAGAGCGGCAAGUCCCUGUGGUGCGGUCUGUGGGCCGUCCUGACCUUCGGCUUCUUCAUCGUGACCUGCCGCAAGAACGGCUGCCUGAUGACCAUCUUCAGCACCCUGGUCAUCACCUUUGCGCUGCUGUCCGGCGGCGUGUGGGACCCCCGCUGCGAGCAGGCCGCCGGCUACUUUGGCUUCUUCUGCGGCUCCAGCGCCAUCUACGCCGCCUUUGUGUUUCUGUACAAGAUUGAGCUGGGCAUCUCCCUGCCCGGCGUGCGCCCCGUCGCUUUCCUGUAAGCAGCUAACUAAAGCAGCUCUGGAGCAGCGGGUUUGCCUUCCAUGGCUGUGUCAGUAAUGCCAUGCUGACGGCCUAGGCCUCUGAUGAUCGUUUCGGACAAUAACUACUUCGUCUAACACAUGCUGUAUUAAGGCGCUUCGAUAACAACCCAUUCGGUGACAGCUCGGUAGCGGCGGCGCCAUGCUGGGUGUCGUGCCUACCUCGGUUUGAGGCUCGGGAAGUGCAAGGGACUUCGACAGCGCGAAGAUGAUUUGCGUGGAGGUGGAUGUAUAAAGCUCGUUAAGAGGGCCGCAGGAGUGUUUGGCCUGGGUUGCGGUUGUUUGUCACAUGCAGUGGCAUGUAUGGUAUUGGGUACCGUUGGGUUGUCUUGGGCAAAAGCAUGUGCAAUGUGUAUAUGUGUGCGUGCCCCGUGCACGCACGCCAUGGUGCACACUCAUGGUGCUUGUGCCACUUUCCAGGCCUUCGUGAUGAGGUGACUGCGAGAGGUAGAGACACUCGUGUGGUUUGUGCGGCUGCUAAUCACCAAAUGGUGCCGCCAGUUUGACAAAUGAUGACAUUGCGCUGUGUCACACUUUGUAUGAAGCCCGUCGUGCGGGCAACACCCCAUUUUGGCGCGUGCGGCUGUUCAGUGCGGAAUGGCGCACGAGCACGCAUGCUUGCGGGGAGGUGGCAUAGUUAGUUGCUAGUUGUGCGUGGUGACGUGUCUGCUCGCCCCGUGCCCGUGCCUGCGUUUACAUACGUUAAGUGGUGAGCACUGGCCGGGACGAGUGGAUGUCUGUGUUUGCAAACUACAAAGGGUAUAUGGGAAUGAUGUGAAAUGUUUGGUUGGGGUUUUAUGUGCUGGGGUCACCCAUAGGCGUCUGCGCAACCAACGCCGCCACCUGCGCCUGCAGGCCCUGCAUUCUCUAGGGCUGCCUCUAGGGCGCCUUGGCGCGCGUGUUGUUGGCGACGCCGUGACCUGUGAUGUAUGGUUUCUGGCUGGAUGGCGUAAAUGGCGGAUUCGAACGUGCUUUAAAACACGCAUCAGUAAAACCGACCUCGAUGAGCGAAAGUGGUUCGCACUCGAUUUGUAACACGCCAAGAUA